AUGGAUCCUAUCGGCGCAGUGAGCCUCGCAGCCACCGUGGUGCAGCUGCUUGACUUUGGAAUCAGGUUGGUUUCCAAAGCACACGACAUAUACACCUCUGCUGAAGGAGCUGAGGUGCACAAUAUCGAAUUGGAUGCUAUCGCCCAGAACUUAAUGUCCUUAAAUAGGCGGCUACAAAACAGAUCUCGCAAAGUCUGCGCCUAUGCCGUUUCCGAGGACGAGAAAGCUUUGGAGAGUUUGACCGUGCACUGUAACCAGAUCGGCGAGGAGUUGAUCGAGGCCCUACAAGCUGCAAAAGUGGAGGGCACUCAUAAACAUUGGAAAAGUGUUAGACAGGCAUUGAAAAGCACUCUAGGUCGAGAUAAUAUUCAGGAACUAUAUAAUCGACUCAAACAAUACCGUGAACAGAUCGUCGUGGUUCUGCUUGUGAUCACCAACGCCAAACAGACCACUCUCGACGAAAAUGUGGACGCAGUCAGGCACGACAUUAUCGAGUCUGAGUCAAGAAUUCUUGACGAAGCUCGGCAGACUCGUUUCCAGAUCCUGAAUGCCAUCCGACACGCGAAAUACAACCCCACCAGAGAAGAAGAUAUCUCGAAAGUCUCGCAAUUACUAUCCGAAAUGGUCUCCCGUGGUUCGGAGAAGAAGAUUAAGGAAAAAAUCCUCGAAAGCCUGCAUUACCCAAACAUGCAAGACAGACGCGAAUGGAUUUCCGCUGCACAUAAAAAGACAUUCAAUUGGACCCUGGAGGAUAAAGCAGGCGAGCACAUUCGCAGGGAUAAUCUGAAGCAUUGGCUUUGCAAUGGUGACGGUAUAUACUGGUUGAGUGGAAAAGCCGGGUCCGGGAAGUCUACCUUGAUGAAAUACAUUGACCAGGACCGGCGGACUUUGCAGUAUUUAGAGCAGUGGGCAUCACCCCUCAAAAUUGUGUUUGCGAGCUUUUACUUCUGGAACCCGGGGACCUCAAUGCAAAAGUCACAGCUGGGUUUGCUACAGAGCUUACUCCACAAAAUUCUGUCGCAGAGGCCUAAUCUCAUCCCGAAAGUCCUCCCAGAUCAAGCACAGCUCUACAGUACCUACGGAACGACGAACUUCUCCUGGACGAUUUCGCAGCUUACGAAUGCAUUCAAGUUACUUCUAGACACCAAGUUUGAUACUAAGUUUUGUUUCCUCAUCGACGGACUUGAUGAAUAUGAUGGCGACCACCAGGGCCUAGUCGAUAUGCUUGAUGCGUUCCAUGAUUGUCCAAAACUUACCCUGCAGGAUUUAACGCACGACGAUAUCAAGGCGUUUGCCCACGAUUCUCUAUACAACCACCCGAGGUUUUCACGGGCGCUAUCUAUGGAGCCAGAACGCGCACCCAAACUGGUGACUGAGAUUGUUAACAAGGCCUCUGGCGUUUUUCUGUGGGUCUACCUCGUGGUCAAGUCGCUAAUGGAUGGGCUCACCAACGCGGACCGAAUGCAUGAUCUCCAGAGAAGACUUGAUCAGAUCCCGGCUGACCUCGAGCAAUUCUUCUUCCAUAUUCUGACAGGCUUAGACACGUUCUACCUCGAGCAGGCUUCGCAAUUAUUUCGCCUAGCACUCGAGGCCCCGAAACCUCUGGCAGUUUUGACGUUCUCUUACCUCGAUGAGACUGACCCCGACUUUGCACUGAAAAGAGAGAUAAAACCUAUGUCAAGAGAGGAAGAGAUUAUUCGCUGUGAAGAAAUUGAGCGGAGACUCAAUAGUAGGUGCAAGGGCUUGUUAGAGUCCCGCAGUCGAAAGAGCUGUGAUUCAUACUCCAAUAUGGACGGAGUGGUGGAUGAAAUAGUCUCUUACGAGGUUGAUUUCCUUCAUCGAACGGUCCGCGAUUUCUUACACACUCCAACAGUAGAGGUGCAGCUUGUCGCAGUGGACACUCCAGAAUUUGAUGCCAACAUGACAUUGGCUAGAGCGUACGUAGCUCGGAUCAAAGGCCUCCGGCACUCGGCACAUUCGGAGGGCAACUUCCAGGCCUUAUGGGCGCUUGUAUUUGACAUGCUCUACCACAUCCGCCUCGUGGGGAAGGAUAUCUCGCGGGAAGCACAAGUUAGCCUCCUAGAUGAGUUGGAUAGAGCCGCUGCUCAUUUUCGAGAGGCCGCAAUCGUGAAGAGACGUUGCGAUCGAACCGCGCAUUGGGUAAAUACAGGCUACCGGUUCGGCUUCGAGCCGGCGUGGAAUAACGAUUUUACUACCCUAUGUGUUCAAUAUGGGCUAAUCCCAUACAUUGAACAAAAGUUAUCCUCAGGGGCUUCGCUUCGCCGAGCUGGUAAGCCAUUCCUGGCCUUCGCUCUGACCGCCACCACAAGCCCCGUUAGUGUCAUCAUUCUGAAGCAGCUGGAAGGUGUUCACUAUCAGGAACCCAGGGUGAAAAUGGUUGAAUUUCUGCUUGAUCGAGGCGCCACUCCAAACGACGUGGACGAGGGCGAGACUGUCUGGGUUCGCUGCAUCGUGUCUAUCUACCUACUCACGAUCAAGGCUAAGGGCAAGUUUUCCGAACAGGCAAAAUCCUGGUUCGAGAUUACAAGGUUACUGCUGCUUCGAGGUGCGGAUCCUGAGGCAAUAUGCCCGGUCAAUAUCCAAGGAAGGAAUUCGGAGAUAAAUUCUACUAGAUUACGUAGCGGGAAAUGCACGGCUAUGGAGCUCAUCUCCAUUGUGUUUGGCGGAGAUUCCAGAUUCGACAUGUCCGAACUCGAGGAUGUGAUUGAGCAGCCGCAAAGGGCGCCACCGCUGCCACCUGCCCGAUACUUGAGCGACUCGUAUCUCCAAAUACCUGGAACACACAAUCACAACGGCACGAACGUUUCACGAUCGCACUCUGCAGUGUCAUCCACUUCGCAUAUAAGUUGGGACUCAGGAAACACUCAAUAUAAUAAUACACCAGGAUCCUAUCUCAACGCCGGGUCCUUAGCACCACAAUACAUAUCCUACAGGGGUAGUCAGGAAGUCGGACCAGGCGGUGGAACACCGAUUGUUGGAGCGCCGCCGUAUAUCAUGAUACCAGCGCCUAAUAAUGACUCUAUUCCGGCCGCCCCAAAGAAAAAGAGACACUCACGACUAUCAAGCUUAUUCUCAAAAAUAAAGCCAAAAGAAAAGACUCCGCCAGCCUAGUUCACCUACG